GUUAGUCUUGAACUAAAUUCUUAGCAGUCGACGUCUCAUUUCCACACAGAUCUUCCUUUGUCUCAGGAGGAAAAAAAAGUGCGCUUCAGCAAAGUUCUUUCCCUAAUUUUCCCGAAGAAUGAAUCUCAAUGUGUUGCACUGGAGUUAUCGGGAUUUAAAGGUAUUUCCGGCAGAAGUGCAAACAGCCAGUGAUUCUGUGGAAGAAAUAUAUUUGAAGGAAAAUUUCAUUGAAACCUUACCACUGUGGUUGUUUCAGAUGACCAAUCUGAAAUUUAUUCACCUCACGGGCAAUCUUAUCGAUGAGAUUCCAGCUGAUAUUCAGUGUUUGGUGAAUUUAGAAUUUCUCGAUGUGUCCAAGAAUCGCCUAAAAGAAAUACCAUCGACAAUUGGUGCCCUUUCCAAAUUGAAAUGCCUCAAUGUGAGUGAAAAUGAAAUUUCUUCAAUUCCCAGACAAAUUGGCUUUCUCAGGAACCUCGAAGCUCUAGAUGCGAGCAAAAAUCUCUUGGCUGUGGUGCCAAAUGAACUGGGAAAUUGUAUAAAUUUAUUAGAGAUUAAUUUACGGGGAAAUCACCUGUUGACCGAGAUCCCAUCGAGGGUCUAUGCCCUCUGUAAGCUCAUCUACUUCGAUGUCAACAAUUGUGGUCUUUCCUAUCUCCCCUACGUCGUUGGCGCGAGAUUAGUUCACGUAAGGGCGUUUGAUAAUCAAAAACUGACUCACAUUCCAAUCGUCUAUGAGAAGUUUCUUCAACCAUGGAUGGAACCUUUGCCAAUUUACUGUCCACUUCUCAACAUUCAAAAAGACUUCCUCGUGAAGGUCUUUUCACCUACAGAGAAUCGUUGGUUCAACCUACCACGUGGAGUUAUUGACAUUCACAAGAGAGAACAUCGUAUUCCAUUUACAUUGUUUGAAUUAUGCAUCAGGAAGAUUUAUACGAAUUUUUGGGGUCCCAUCCUGGAUAAUCUUCUAGCUGAACUUGUACCCAGGAUCAUACUGUACUACAUCAAAAUGGGACCUAUUGGUCACUGCGGUAACGGAUUCUGCUCCAAUCCUAUCUUCAAGGACUGCCAUUUCCUUUUACUGAAGAAACUUCAAAAUCCAAGUGGAGUUGUAUUCAGUGCAAUUUUCUGCUCAAAGGACUGUGCAGAUUUUUGGAUAAGCAAAUUCAGAAAUAUGUAUCGAGAAAUAGAUUGGAUGGUUUGCUGAUGCAUGGUCCUGUCUUGAAGAAGCUAAUUAAGCCUGGAUGCUGCACCACGAUGAAUAGCAAUCACGCCAUCGUAGUGAUCAACGGGGAUAACAAUGUGUGCUGUCUGAUCCCAAUUGACUGUGAUUGUGAGGCCUGAACAACCUUGUCCGGUAUUUUCACCGGAAAUGAUAUCACAAUAUGUUCCGGACGGCAGGCAAGUUUGCAAAGUGUGGCUAAAGUUGUGCUGAUCAUUGUUGAAGGCAAUAAAACCUUAAAAAAAACAUUGAAUUAAA